CUUGUUCCUCUCUCUGCAGUGACAUAUGGUGUAUCAGCCUUGGAGGUGUAUACACCAAAAGAAAUCUUCGUGGCAAAUGGGACACAAGGGAAGCUGACAUGCAAGUUCAAGUCUACUAACACAACUGGCACGCUGACCUCAGUCUCCUGGAGUUUCCAGCCAGAGGGGACUGACACCACAGUGUCGUUUUUCCACUACUCCCAAGGGCAAGUGUAUGCUGGGAAUUAUCCACCAUUUAAGGACAGAAUCAGCUGGGCUGGAGACCUUGACAAGAAAGAUGCAUCAAUCAACAUAGAAAAUAUGCAGUUUAUACACAAUGGCACCUACAUCUGUGAUGUCAAAAACCCUCCUGACAUUGUUGUCCAGCCAGGACACAUUAGGCUCUAUGUUGUAGAGAAAGAGAUUUUGCCCGCAUUUCCAGUUUGGGUAGUGGUGGGUAUAGUUACUGCCGUGGUCCUAGGUCUCACUCUGCUUAUCACCAUGAUUCUGGCUGUCCUCUAUAGAAGGAGAAACUCUAAACGGGAUUACGCUGGCUGCAAUACAUCAGAGAAUGUGUCACCAGUUAAGCAUGUUUCACGGAAGUCUCCCCCUGACACAGAGGGUCUAGUAAAGAGCCCACCUUCUGGAUCUCACCAGGGCCCAGUCAUAUAUGCGCAGCUAGACCACUCUGGAGGACAUCACAGUGACAGGAUUAACAAGUCAGAGUCUGUGGUGUACGCAGACAUUCGGAAAAAUUGAGAAGACCGUGAUCAUAUCCUAAGCAAUAAACAAAUCCAAACUGGACUCUUGUGCAGAAAAUGUAGCCCAUAACUGUGUGUGGCCUUGGAAACCGGAACACGGAGAAGCACAUGUUUAGUCAUAGAGGGAGAAAAAGAUGUGUAUAAAGGAUGUGUAUAAAUGUUCUAUUUAAUCUUCCUGAUGCAAGGAGCCAGUGUUGCAUGAUGAAGAGACGGUAUGAGUCUACGUAUAAAUUGUCUUGCUGUUUUUGUACUUCCCUUCAGGGUCAUUUACAGUUGAGAAAAUUCAGACACAUUCCUAUCACCAUCAUUUAGAUGUGGUUUGCCUUAAUGGGGAAAGUAGCAGAUCUUUUAGUAUUCUAAUAGACAUGGCCUUUUAAUAUAAAGGCUUAACCCACUUUUGUGUGUAUUAUAGUUGCAGAGUGGAGAUGCUAUGAUGGAAGCAUGUUCAGGAUGGCCUUUAGCCCAGGAAAUAUCGCCUAUUUGGCAGUUGUUUUUAGAAAGCAUCCAUUUGCUAUGCCACUUGUGAUUUUUGUUGCUAUUUUUCUCUCUGAAAUACAGGGCAGUUUUCUGCUUUCAGUGUUGUGUAGACUAUAAAAGUACACCCUGUAGCAUAUCAUCUCAAUUUGUGGAUUCAUCAUAGCAAGAUUAGCAGGGGAUCAAUGCCAGAAGUCAUUUCUUUCCAGGUACUUUUAGAUCCAUACCAUAAUCAAUACAUAAUUGAAAUAGAGAACCAGGAGUGGCUUGAGGAGUACUGUACUAUUGGGAGAGCAAAAGGUAUGGUAUAUUCUUUGCUGAAGUCCUUUGUGCUUGUAACAAGUCCCCAUAUAGCUGAAGGAGCAGAAUUUCAUUUCCUUCUAAGUAGACAGGAAUGGAAUAAUUAGAUUGCCAGUCUUUAGUAUGGCAGAGUUCUCUCUAGAGAAUCUUUAUAAAGCUUCAGUCAUGCUUCCAGCAGCCUGGCUCCUAUAAUGAUAGUUUCAAGACAGUUAGAUUUAUAAAGAAUUUUUUUCAUUUAAAAUUGAAAGCUCACAGUUCCAGGAGGAAUACUGUCCCAGAACACAUUGGGGUAAGUGGGUGUGACCGGUAAUGUUAGUUUUCAUCUCAUUUAGUUUGAGGUCGCCUAAGAGCUGCUUCCUUUUUUCUUCCUGUCUUGUUCUCUUUGAGCGACUGAACUGAACUGUUCUCUUUCUGAGAGACUUUGAAGGCCAAGUUCUAAGGAAAUAAAGAAUAAUUUAGAUUUAAAGAUGUCUAGGAGGUGGUUACACAGAGAAAAAGUGUAUGAACUACAAACUCUGCCCCAUAUAUACAAUCUGGUAUUUUCCGAGAGACUCUCUGUUGUUAAUUCCAUGGUGCCCCAACUUACGUUCUGUUGAUACAUACGUCAGCAGGACUGAGUUUUGUCAUCACACACAGCUGCCGUCUCUGAACCUGGUUUGUCUGUCUGUGUUGCACGUGGGAGGAAAACCUUUUGGUUCUGCUGCGUGUCCCUCUCUUGAGCCCACAGGCCCCAGGAAGAGGAAUGAUGAACACUCGCCCUGAGCAGUUCUGCAGAGUGUACCCUGGGGCUUCUCUGCCUCCACAGUGGAAACUCCAGAACCUUUAGGAGACCUUUUUGUGUAGUGGGGAGCCGGGGCAGCGGGGGAGGGAUGCGGGCAUUCAGAUGUCAGCAUUCUUCAGGCUGCCGGGAUAAGGACACUCUUGGUGAGCCACCCCCCACUGUGAGAACUGUACAGCCAUCCAAGAUUUCAAGGAAGAAGAAAAUACAUUGUGGAGAGCCCAAGUGUAUGCACUGAUGUGUGUAAUUUUCUUAGUCACUUUUUUUACAGAGAAAAGGGGAUUCUCCUUUUCCUCCUUUCUCAGCAGGUCCAAUGAAUCUACUAUGUAUAGAACAUUCCUAACACCUCCUGAGAGCAAGAGCCCUGUUUUUCUGCGUGUUUGUGAAGCUCCCACCUGGAGCAGCAGCUGCUAACACUGCUGUGGGCCUCCUCUCCACGUCCAUCAGCAAGGGUCCCGGCCUCCUGCUCUGGGUCUGUGACUGACCAGUCUGCGGGGAGCUGCUCACACUGGGCUGGAGCACUUCAGGGUUGGGGCUUUUUCUGAAACUCCUCAUACCACCUCCUAUGAAUCUUUUGGCCCUUUCUCCUGUGUCCCAACAUUCUCAUUCCCAGACACAGGCAACAACAGUGGGGCUGCGUCCAGAUGGCAGGACUGUCCUUUUCAUGUCUGAUUCUUGGCAGAAUGAGGCCUCUGAAGACUGCACGUGGUUUUUCUAAGGGGGUACCUACAAGGGAUUACUUGACAUUUACAUUUCAAGCUCUCUGUAGUUUUUCAAUGGAACUGUAUUCAGCCAAGUAAAAAACCCAUCCUGUUCAUUAAUUUCUCUUUUUCAAUUGUUGUACCUUUGUGAAUAUUUUAAUACAUCUUUUUCAAUUACUG